AUGUCUGAUACAUCCCCGCUGGAUGCCUCGACUCAUGACGAAUCGGACCUGACAGGCCUGAUCGGCGAAGCUCCCGACCUGAUCUCUGACGGCGGAACAGACUAUGACACCCAGUACACUGGUGAUGAGCAUGUCGGGGUGUCUGACAAUGGCGACAGUGAAGCUGUGGGCUUCGUCUCCUCUGACGCCCCCGCCCACCGGAGCGAAGACGAGGCUCGGGCUUCGUGUGCCAUCAAUCAGCGACUCGAGGCCCACCGCCAAUCCCAGAGGGGCGAACACUUUAUUCCACGGCUACAACACUGGAUCAGCGACUGCCUCACGGAUGGGUAUUGGCAUGUCGACAGGAAACCAAUGAGAAAGAUCAAACUCGUUUCCAGACCCACAUGCACGUCGACGGAAACCCAACAGACACGGGCGCCGCUCUAUGUGACAAAGUAUGACGACUUUGAGGGCUGCGACACUGACGAGUUGAAGGCCUGGAGGAAUUCGCAGGAAAACAGGAGCAGUGAUGACGGAGCUCUCGCUAAGGACGUCUUGGUGAAGGUUCUUGGGAUGGCGGUGCCCAAGCUCGAAUCCCGGUUGAAGGCGAAGGUGGAUUUCUCGAGGGACGGCUGUCCCUGCCCGCGGAACACAAUCAACGUCCAGAGGUACGUGGAGGAUCUGUGGAUGAAGGGAGCUCUCAAAUCGACCGAGGUGCAAGAUGCGAUCUACGAUGAGGUGAAGCGUGGGAUCACACUAAGAGCGAUCUCCGUAGAGGCGACACAGGGUUCGGCGGCUGUUCAGUGA